AUGUACACUGUAGGAGACGAUCCUGACUUCGAUACUGGGCUUCGGUAUGCAUCUCCAUGCAGCUGGCAUGACAGAACGGCGUGCAUGACAUGUACGGAUCACUUAUCUUAAAGUGAUCUGUUGUAGCCAUUUUCAUGCAAAUUACUGUAAACUGAAGUCAGGGAACUUCUGACAUCUGUUUGUAUAUGAUUAUACCCGUAAGGAGAUAUACAGUCUUUGUGCAAUUCAGCUUAAACCUCUAUCCUGAUAGCCCUUCUGACAACAUGUAUUUCAUUGUAAUUAUAUUUAACACUUUUGAGACAGGAAGAGUUAAUUUACUGGUAACCCUUUCAGUCCCAAUGACCAAAGUCAAAAUUUAGCAAAAAAAAUAUUAAUAAUAAUAAUAAUUCAAAUGCUCCAAAUUUAAGAGAAACAAAAAGCACCAAGACGUAUGAAUCUGGUUAGUAGAUUUCAUUUGAAAGGUUACCUACAAGAUAUCACCGUGACUGCAUGAAUCCUGUCUCCUAUACUACCAGAAGGAAUAUAUAACAUAUUAUCACAUACAUACAGUAAAACCUGUACAGGACUGUACAUGGAAAGAAAAGCAUGAGAUUUGCUAUCUCCUUUGCUGCUUAUUAUGGGUAACUUAAUUCAUUAUUAAGUGGGGCUGCUUGUGGGCAAAACGAAUGAAGUCUUGCAGUGUGAUUUAUAGCUAUCCAAGCCAGCAAGGUGGAGCUGCACGUCUUUUUGUAACAUGUACCAAGCAGUCCAUUAUGAAUUUAAAUUCUCAUGCCUUCAAACAAAGUGGUGUCUCUUUCAAGCGGACUUGGUCACUCUGAAGACUUUGUAAUAUAAUGGGCCAUUUCACUUCUACCAAACAAACACCUUGGCUUAGAAAAAUAAUGGUAAACUUUUGGCAAUGCCACCUGGUUUUCCUGCAAAAUAAAAUCUGAGGAGAGAGUGAAAAAAUUCCAUACUUCAUCUGAUGACAAGUGUUACUACCCAGAUACAGGUAGUGGUUGAUUGAUUGCUUGAAGCAAUUUCCCUUGUAGCAUAACAAAUCGGAGAGUCACAAUCCCAGAUGUAGGUAGUGACACACGUCAUCAGUAUAUAUAAGGAAUUCUGCACAUGCUCAUUCCACACAUGUUAUUUCGUGGGGAAAGCAGUAGUGGUGUUGUCUAUUGUCAGCUGUUUUCGUAAGCCAGCAAUUACCUAUAGUUACUCAUGUUGUACAUUAAUGUAUUAUUGAUUUCAAUUGAUUGUCAGCCUACAAUAAGUUAUAAUAACUGGUGUAACUCAUCUUUAAAAGCCUGUUAUAUGACUUUCCAGGUUUCUUAUGAGGACAUACAAGCUCACUGGUUCUUUAAAUUGGCCAUGUAGGUUAAAUUCAGUCUGCAAUUUCCAUUGUUUGCUCCAGACCUUUUGCAUUAAUUAUGGAACCUGAGGCAACAGCAAUUCAGAAAAUCCAAGAUAACGGUAAUCGCCCCGAGGAUUGGCUGGAGUUCCUGUCCAAACAAAGAACAAAGUCUGGCCCAGAUCUUUCCACUGAAACCUGUCAACACUUAAUCUUCCUUUAUGAGAGAGCUGUCACUCAAAUAUCAGCUGAAGACAACAAAAAGAAUUUCUGUUAUGCUCGUCUUCUUGUGGAAUGUGCAAAACUUCAAAUGUAAGGUUCUAAUAACUUUACUUGUUAGUACUAUACUUGCUGCCUGUAAUUAUGAUCAGUUUAUGAAAUUUUACUGUCAAACCUGUUUUAAGCAAAGCCAUAUUAAUUGUCACCCUCCAUUAUGUCACUUAUUACUUAAGUCCCCAAGGGUAACUUUUUUCUGUUCAUUGCUUUCACCUAUUUUAAACAACAAUUAACCUGAAUUAUAAAGCAUUCAGUUGGCCAUUUCCCAAACGUCACACCAGUUUACACAAGUUUAAUUUCACUGCACAGUUUAUUAAAAAUUAAUAAACUUAUGAAGAUACAUGUAUGAAACACAUUUGGCCAUUGUCCCAGUUUUUCAAAAGGUGGAUAACACUAUCUAUCCACUGGAUAAAUCACUAUCCACUGUUUAUUAUUAUUUUAUUUUUUGCACAGUAAUUAUAUUAAAGAAAUUAAAGUCAAAAUAUAUUGUACUAGUCAUGGCAACCUCACGACAGGUGACAUUGCUUACAGGAUUGUACAAUCAUGUUGUAUUAUAGGAGAAUCUCAGAAGAUGAUGCCAGAAGAACAUUCCAGUUGGCAAGAAGCAAUGCCAAGCACUUUGCUAUUGUGUUUGUUGCGUGGGCUCAAUUUGAGCUGUUAUUAGGUUUGUUAUUAAUACAGUACAAUGACAAUGAUAUUUGGAAUUAUAUUAUAUACCAAGUAGACUAGUAUACAGUCAGGUAGUACUGAUAUAAUCUUUAAUACUUCUUUUAACUUGUUUUAGUUAGCAAAGGUGUCUCUCUUCAUAUAAUGUAAACAUGUGUUCAGUAUUAAAUAAAAAUUAUAGUAAUUACCAUAGCAAUUUUUAUUAUUGGAUGCAGCCGAGUUAUGGUAUGAAAAAUUAUGCACUGAUCAGGGAGGGUAUUUGACCAAGGCGGAUAUUAAAAACACCCUGCAAGAUCUGCAUAAUCAAUUCUUCAUAUCGUGUCUCAAAGCCAGAUAUCAAAAUUGUUUUAUCAUAAUUCAUUCAAACCAUUUCCCAAUCAGUCAAUAAAACAUGCAUACUGCAAUCAUGCUUACAUGAAUAGCCCGUGUUCGAUAUAUUAAGAUUCUAACUGACUCCAAGGCUUUCUCAUUUUCUGGUCAUUUUUCUAUAAUUUUUUUUUAUUUGAUUUGGUUUUGUUUGUGCUCAAGUCUCUUCUGGGAAUUGCAAGACAAUGGAUCAUGAAAAAUUUGCAACUUUGACCCUUAAGCCUCGAAGUCGUGUUAGAAUUUUAAUAUAUUGAACAUGGGCUAUUACAACAGGCUACAGCCACCAAAAAUUAGAAGGAUUUUCUUGUCUUUAUAGCAGACAAGUUGAGCUUUUUUAUGCUUAAGGGAAAGAUUUUACAAGGAUUUGUAUGGAAAACCACUCAACCAUGACUGAGUGUCAUGAGUUAUUUUUCUUGAUGUGUACGAAUCCUUCAAAUUUUUGAUGGCUGUUGCAAUUGCUACUUUUUGAGAUAUACUGCUGAAAAUUUACAGGUUACCUGAUUUUAAUUAUGCUCUUUCAGUUCCUGCUAACAAAAUUUUCCAAAGGUGAACUGUUUUUGCGUUAGCAGAAAGCUGAUAAAGUGUCUGAUCAACUAUAAUAAUUGCAAAAGGACAAUUCAUACUGGUUUGCAUUCAGAAAAAGAAGACUAAAAUUACUGUAUCCAUCUUCCAUUACAGGGAACAAAAGCAAAUGUAGAGGCUUGCUGCGUAAAGGAAAAGAUUUUGAGGCAGAGCCCAAAGAGUUGCUGUUAAAAGCAUACGAUAACUUUGUUGAAGGAAAAAAGAUUUUGAUAGAUGACAGAGAGGAGUUGACAGGUUUCACUUACUUUAGAGGCAAACAGAAGAGUAGUGACUCUUCAGUUGAUUCUUCUCCUUUAAGCACAGGUACACCAAUCUAGAGUUAUAACUCUUUUUUCCUAUUCACAUGAAGAUAAACAGGUUGAAGAAAAUGAGAUUUAGCAUUAGAAAGCUGAAUGAUUGGCUUUAACAAGUGAUUUAAUAGUGACCUUAUGAUACAUCAUUUCUGCCUAUGGGUAGACUGGUAUCUACCACAGGCUAGUGAGCAUGUUUGCCAUUUCAAUAGCUAUACAAAAGGAGACCAUGACUCCCUAGAUGUGUAAUGGCAUCACUUUUCUACCUGGUAGCAGAGCCAUUUCUCUGGGGUAAGAGGCAAUCUACCUGACUGUGCAGUGUAUUUACUGCUAUGCAUAUACGGGUAAUUUACCUGUACACGGAAACUGUGUAAUUUAAAGUGUAUGUUAAAUUUUAUUUGCACUGAAUUUGUAAAUUGCCAAAAAUCAGUAAGCAACUUAUUAAUAAGUCUUUUAUAACACAUUCAACUAAACACCUUCAACAUGUUCAAGAUUUGGUAGAGUGGAGCACACACACGGCUUAGUCUUUAAUAACUACCGGUACUCCACUGUUGUAAUUUUGCAACUAAAAUUUGAAUUUUUAAGUGAAUUCCCCUUCUGAAUUUCUACAGGUGAGGACACAUCAACAAGCUCUCGAUUCACUGAUAGUGGCAGUGUAAGAGUCACGGACAACACCAGUGCUGUCAUUUCAUUCAAGCUCCCCAGCAUUCUAGAAAGCUGUGGUAGGCAACCACUGAGCAGUAGAAGAAGUAUUAGCAGCAGCAGUGAUGAAGCAGACACCAUUCCAUUCCAGAAAGGUCAUUUUAGCCACCUUCAGAGGGGCUGUCAAUCUACUCAAAAAGCAUCUGUCAAGUCUACACCAGACGUUAAAUCAGGUGAGUUGGGACACCCUCGGGAUGUGACAAAUUUGUCCGGUCCACAAUUCUAGAGCUGGCCGCUUACGGGAAUUAAAAAAUACAGAGUUUUUAUGGGAGUAAAAAAAAAUGGAGUUUUGUGAAGGUGGCCGUAAGUAGAACUGUCCGCUUACGAGAGUGUCCAUUAGGAGAGCUUCCACUGUAUUUUGUUAAGCAAAACUCCCCUUUUUCAUCUGACUUCUGACAUGUUAGCCUGACAGUGUAGCAGGUGUGUCAGUUCUUUGUAUUUUUUGUUUGUGGUGGUCUUAAGAGAUGCAGCCGCGCAGAAGCUGAGCCGAGGUCAAUCAAGAAAACAAGGAGGGACUGGGAAAGGGGAGAGGAAGAAUAUAGAGAGAAAGAGCUAGGCUUGGAGCUAGGCCUUCUUCCCCUCGCCCCCUCCCCCUUCGUUUUCGUCUUUGACCACAGUUCACAAAGGUUACUGAUGUGUUUAUUUAUGAAAUCUAUUCAAAACUGUAUCAGUCGCUGAGGUUUUUGUUAGGGCGCCACAGAUGUGCCAGGAAUAAAAAAUAAAUAAACAUGGCAACUUCAAUGUAAAAAUGCUGGGACGCGAGGUGUCUGGUCCAGCGGCUAUUUCCAUAUACUGGUACUAUUUUACCCUUUGCUCAAACCACCAUUUUUUAAACUUGAAACCGCAAUGUUAAGAGUUAAAAACUUACAGGUUCACUUCUUGUUUCAACGCCUUUCAAUCUGGUAUUUUUAGGGUUGCGUCCUAUAAUUUUGGCAUGAAAUGGAUCACGUGACGCUGAGCUGCAACCGGCUUAUUUAAUUACCGUAAAUCAAAACUGAUUGAACUUGUCUACUCCGCCUUCCUCCGUAGGUAGCAACAGCCUCGCUGCAAGCAUGAAUUUGUCAGUCCGGCGUAACAAGACGAGACGUGACUUUGGUCUGCCAGUGAGGGUGAAGAUGACGCUUCCAUCUGUCAAGGAGCCUGGUGACGAUCUUGACGGUAUCAGUGCGCUGGAGUUAACAGUGGAUGAGUCUCAGCAAAACAGUCAUCCUGAGAUGAUUUCAGCCGGUCAAGAAACAGCACCAACCAACGGUAUUACAUGUGUUGCUUCUACGGAUCAUACUGCAGAUAGAAAAGUCGAUGAAACGCCUCCUACUGGGAAGUCCCUCCACCCAACAAAGACUCAGAAUCAGUUUAAAGGCAAACAGGACGAGUUUGAGGAGAGUGUAUUCACAUCACAAGCACAGGGUAACCAACUUCCUAGUCAGCAGCCAAAUAACACCUUGCAAGAAGGUUCACAGACAAUUCCAGCAAACCCUCUGUCAGCAACCUUAAAUAAUGGCAUCAGAACACAGAAUGAUCAUUCAAGUCAUCGACAAACAUUUCCACUUGAGCAAAUUCCCACCCCUCAAGGAUCAACUGCACUCGUCUCCAGCAGCUCCAUUGGAUCAAGCAUGCUUCAGAGACCGAACUCAGGUUCAAUGCCACCCAGUUUGGGGGACAGUGGUUCCUUCAUUCAGCAUCCUAUCCCACAGGUCAACCACAGUGAACAGUUGCAAGCGAUCCCAGGCCAGCUUCGUGGCAAUAGUUUUGCCUCUGCAUUCACGCCCGAUAUGCAUUUUGUCAACCCAAUGAUGCCUAUUGCACCAAAGGCUCCUCAGGGUAUUAUUGUCGUAAACGGUAAAAGUUACCAAAAGUUGGGAACUAUCGGCAAAGGAGGCUCCAGCAAGGUGAGUACUUUGGGAUCUACUUUACCCCAGAAAUUGUCGAAAUUCAACAAGAUUCUUACCUUCAAUGUCGCCAAAAAAAUGGAAAAACCAACGGAAGCAAGGACUGCCGAAGAGGUAUCAUUUUAAUUGACAAAAUGGGGUGCUACUGAAAGUUUUAAUACUACAUGACCCCAUAUUUAGGAUAGAGAGGGAAAAACCCUACCUCGUCUAGCGGCGCGACCCCUUGAUCCCAUAUAGGGGACAUCACCAAACCGUAGCCUCCCACACAGACGUUUUUUUUCCUUUUUUUUUUUUUUGCUCGUCACGCAAUCCUCAUCUGCGAGGGAGGCUAACCCAACCCUGAAUAGCGCCUUUUUCUUUCCUUAAGGCUACUGUUGAUUUAGCGCGGAUUUAGGGGACUGGGCAUUAUUUGAGAGUCUUAAGUUUCCAAUUUUUGCUUAGACUUUGCUGACUAAUACAGUAGCCUUCCAGCUGUUUUGUUUUCAGGCUAGUUUGCGUUGCUCACUUUGUUUUACAUUGUUUUCCCAACCAAUCCCGUGAGGUUUUCUCAGAGAAGCAAGGUCGUCCCCUACUGCAAGUUACAGUUGCGGCAACUAAAUUUUGCUGUUUGCUGUAUACUCGCAAAAGUCGCCAAAUUUAGUUGCUACGAGUAAUAGUAGCCUUAGGUGGGUGUUUUUUCGCGUGCGUGCGAUGUCACAAGUACCGAAAUGUAUUCUCUGCACAGGUAUAUCAGGUGUAUGACGGCAAAAGAAUUUGCGCCUUAAAGUAUGUGAACCUGGAGGAAGCAGAUGAUUUUAUCGUUCAGAGUUACGUUAACGAAAUUAAUCUUUUAAAAAGACUUCAAGGAAAUGAUAACAUCAUCAAACUGUUUGACUGGUGAGUACGGUAAUGUUUCUAGUCCUUUCACACACGCACAGUGAGGAGCUUUAGCAAAGAUUUCGGCGACGGCAAGGAGAACGUAAAAAAAAAUAACAACAAUAGGUGUAAUCAGCAAAAAACAACUUUGCACGUUCAGCACACCUUUUUUGUACAUUUCUUUGCCGUCACUGCACGUGCACGACGUGAAAUUCCCUCAAGCGACGUUUUGUGGAGGGCGUAAACAUAACGCAACGAACAUAACUCUCUCCUCUUAAAGGGCCUGUUUACAUGGAGUGGGGGACCCCGGUCUAGUGGGAUUGGUUUCUUUUGUUUUCACGCUCUGGAGGACACAAAACAAAAGAAACCUACCCCAGUAGACCGGAGUCCCCCACUCCAUGUAAACAGGGUCUUAAACUUGGGUUCGGUCUCCAAGAAUUCAAUUCGACGAAAAUUCACCUAUAUUAGACAUUUUCAGCGAAUAGGAAUAAUCGCGACAAAGUUUCCGUCGCCGUAGUCGAUGCUAAAGCUCCUUAAAAUUCACUUUUGUGAGUGCGCAAUUUGGUUGACCCAAUAUAAAGCGUUUCUUUUCCUUUACUUAAUAGGGAGCUAAGCCAAGAAAAAAGCGCUAUAAUCUUAGUUAUGGAGUGUGGCAGUAUUGACCUUGCGGGCUUCUUGCGAAAAAACCGCAACAAGAUGUCCAGAGGAGAACUGCAGGGAUUCUGGAGGCAAAUGCUGGAGGCUGUUCAUGUGGUCCAUCAACAAGGAAUCAUCCAUAGCGACUUGAAACCCGCCAACUUUCUUCUUGUCGAGGCUCGUCUAAAACUGAUUGAUUUUGGGAUCGCCCGUACAUUGCAAGUAAGUAGUACCACACCCUUACAGCUUCGAUGACGUAAGACCUCCUCAAAGGAAGAGUGAUUUUUUUCCCACAGAAAAGCAGCAACAACAACAAAAACAGUGUGUAGGUCGUGGUUCAGUUUUUAUCCUUGGUUGAAAUUUUAUUUCCCUUCGUUUUUGGUUACGUUAAUGUAUGAUAACGAGUUUAAAAAGAAGGGGAAAUAAAAUUGAAACCAAACAUAAACGUAAAGCACAACAUAUACAUGUUAAACGACAAGUCGCAGUGGAGGUUACGCGGACAUUCACACGCUCAGCUACACUGAAUCGCAACAAAGGUUUGGAACCAAUUUUUUUGUUGUUUGAAACGGUUGAUCAACCAGGACGCGCAAACCAACCGAAAAUGGCACACCCUAAUCAAAUAAUCAUUGGAGCAGUUUGAGUUUCUGGGAAAUUGAGCACCUACCCCUCCCCUAUAAACCAACAUUUUGCCGUAAGUGAGAAGUAAGUGUUCAUGUUGACUUAGGGGAGGGGUAGGAGGUCAGUUUCCCAUAUGCUGAUCCCAUCUCUGUGUAUUGCGCUAAACUAACCAGUGCUGUUUGCCGUUCGCAAUCAUGUGGGUAAUCGUGUUAUAAAAUCAUAAUUCUAAACUUUGCGGCUAAAAACUGGAAGAACUGUGAUUUCAAAUGAAGAUAUGGUCGUCGCCGUGGUAAUUUUAAUUUAGGCAAUUACAAAUUAACCCGAAGAAAAUUUCGGGACUUCAGCGGUUAGUUGUUAUGUACCUUCAUUAGUGUUGUCUCAGUGCUGUGGGAGUGCUUGUGUACAGGUUGAAGAGGCACAUGCAAAUCAUUGCAAACCACAUAGUCAUUAAGCUGGGCAGCAACAGCUUUUUCAAUAAGUUUGGAAACAUACCUGAGAUUGGACACUGAACGAAAGUCAUCAAAAACCUCAGGGUCAGUAUUGGCUUUCUUUAGCAAAGGACGAAUCAUUGCGCAUUUUAGUUACCUUGAAGUCUCACCAGUAGUAAGUGAUAAGUUAAUAAUCCUCGUAAGCAAAGUUACUAAGGUAGAAUAACACCUGGCCACGAUGGAUGCUGGUAGAGGGUCAAGUGAAUGUCCACGACUUAAUUGAUCCAGACUUGAUCAAAACCGAGUAACUCUGUUAAACGUUAGCGGUUCAAGAAACUUGAAUUCUGAAACACAGCUUGAGCUCAAGCAAUUAACAUGAGUUGUGGUUUUGUCAUUCCAUUGGCAGACCGGCCACGCGCGAUUUUCCCGCGGAUACGUUCAAUCUUCAGCACGAAAAGUCAGCAAACACAUUAGAAAGUUCAGCACCAUUACUGGGUUUUGGAUAGCAAGCUUUAGAGUUCCUGUGCAGAAGCAUAUUCACAGACUUAAAAAUUAUAGAAAAUUGAGCCGGCGGAAAUUUCAUGACAACCUCCCGUGUGAAUUCACUGCUCAUUACGCAUGCAGGAAAGUAGAGCUAAAUCUGAAAUCUGCCACUACCAACGGAUUCAACUUUCAAAUAAAUUCAUUACUGGAAUCUUGGGGGGUACGCUUGACUUGGCUUGACUGUAAUGGUAUACAUGUAAAUGCAUGGGUUUUCUUACUUGACCUGCAGGGAGACAAGACAAGUAUAGAGCUUGACACACAGGUUGGGACGUUGAAUUUUAUGUCCCCAGAAGCCUUUCAAGAUAUUUCUCCUCGUUUUGAUAAGACAGGAAAUGCUAAACCAAAAAUGAAGGUAAGUUUAGAGUGCUUACUUUCCCUUGAAGCACAGCCAUUCAUUUUAAUUUUUAAUUUAGCGGUUUGCGGUGGAGAGUCUUCAUGAGUAUUUCCGCCAAAAAUCGCAUUGCCAUUCCGAACAAGUUUGACCACUUUUAUUGUAUAAUGACGGCAAAGAAAUCUGCCAAAAAGUGUGCUGCAUGCUUAGAGUUUUCUAUCUUCUCUUUCGUCGUCGUCCUUGUUGGUCGAGCUCGCUAGUAACGUUACAACUCAAGACAAUUCUUGAUAUGCCACGAUUUCGUUGAUGGGAAACGCUCGACGAAAACGGCACGACGUCCCCAGGUACCCGUCGAGCGGCUCAGGGGCCCGUUUCUCGAAAGUCCCGAUAAUUAACGGGCCCGGUAAGCUGCCUCCGUUGACAUUAAAGAUCGAGGUUUCAAUAGUUUGGCAUCUAACACGAUAAAACUGUCAGUUAAUGAAACAAAAUGGAGUAGUUUGCUAGCCAAGAGCUGCGCUCUUAUUCUUUAUAUUUCGAUUUGAAUAUUUUAUUUCGGGCCCGUAAAGUUACCGGGACUUUCGAGAAACGGGCCCCAGUCUUGCUAUCGUACAUUCUCAUCUGCAUGACACUUGGGCUCAUUUUCCGCCAUGCUCUCUCUCUCCAUCUCUCCCACCCUUCCGGUCGGUCCGGUCUUGUCCCUUCCCGAGAAGAGCGCGCUCAGUUCGCGAACAGCGGCUGGGAAUAGAGCCAACACGACACUUAGCUUUUUCCCUUCUCUUAUCUGACAAAAGAUUGGCCGACCUAGUGAUGUAUGGUCUCUUGGAUGUAUCCUUUACAUGAUGGUGUACGGUCGCACACCGUUCCAACAUAUUACCAAUCAUCUUCAAAAGCUGCAAUGUAUUAUGGAUCCUUCUUACGUCAUCGAGUUCCCGGAAAUCAAUGACAAGCACUUAUUAGAUGUCAUACAGGUUUGUUUAGUAAUCUGUUCGUGUUUUACUUAUUUACAGUGCAUUUAUUUAUUUACAUAUUUAUUCAUAUGUUAAUUUAUUUUUAUUUUUUCGUUACAUGUAACAAUACCGAAAACUGAUCUACUUUGUCUUUUAGUCCUCACCACACUCAUUUGUAACCCUUACAUUGUUACAUCGUUAUGGUCAUUCAUCUAAGACAGAACCUGCCGUAAGAUUUUUGUCAAACUUGACCAAUUGCCUUUUUAUGUUUUAGAAUCUUAAAUUUUGAUAUAUAAUCAAGGGUCCCUUGCUCGUUUAGGAUCAGGAGCAACUUGUACGUACCGAAAGAUUCCUUAAAGGGGCUCUGUGAGACGGAGGCGCGGUUAAGGGCUUAUUACGGCUUCGCUUAAUGUACUGUAAGUCAUCUUUGGAGAUCCCAGGAGCAUCAUUUCGGUACGACGAAAUUUUCAUGGAAAAGUUACGAUUUCAGCAAAAAAUAUCUAGUCCUCCAGAAUAGCUGCUCUUGGGUCUCCAGGGAUGAAUGCAGGUUUGACCAUAGCUUUAACGGCCGCACUUGAACUUGUUGAUUUUCAGGGCUGUCUUCGCCGCAGUCCCAAAGAGCGCUACACCAUUCCGCAGCUUUUAGCUCACCCUUUCAUCAACUCCUCAGCCCAAGGGAAUACAUCCUCUUUUUCAGACCCUUCGGUGGAAAUAGACUCGGAUAGAAUGUUUGACUGCCUGAUGGAGUUUGCUAAGGCUGAUGUCAACUCUCCUCGAUCAAUACGAGCUCUCAGUCAGGUAACAAUUUGCACUGUAUGAUUUGUAGUGCUGAAAGUUUUCUUAUAGACGUUUUCACGUUUUCUCAUAUCAGAAGUUCACAACGGGUUGAAACGUGUAACUUGCGCUCAAUCCUCGUGAAUAUUCACUUUUUUAAGUACCAUAUUUGGGAACACUCGCUGCGGCCUCAAACAAGUAAUGGGUUUAACAACGACUUUGCACGUGCAUCACGCUUUUUGUACAUUUCGUCCCUCUGCCGUCACGGCACGACUAUAGGGUGUAAACAAAAGACAUGUAUACGGACGAGACUUUCUUUUUCUUUUCCUGAACUUAGAUACAGUGUUUAAAAUUCAACUCCAGAAAAAUGUGCUAACAUUUGUCAAACUGAACGAGACAGAAUAAACAUGAUAAAAGUCUCUAACGAAGUUUGAUUGGUCAAUAUUUUUUCUUCUCGUUCCUUUGCGAAAAUGAAUAUUUACGAGUAUCGGACAAAGGAAACACAUGAGAGUUGCACGUUUCAACCCCUCAUGAGUUUCUACUCUUAUAUAUAGUGAGCAAUAGACCGGAAAAUAAUAAAAAUAGAGUAGCUACGAGUAUCUUGUGGUUCUAUUUUAUCUUUGGUUUAAAUUUUGUUUUCUUUUGUUUAAAAGUCAUUUUCAUACAUUAUCAUACCCAAAAACAAAAGAAAAUAAAAUUUAAACCAAUGAUAAAUUAAAUCGCAGCAUUUAUCUAAUGACUACAGUACAGUUAGACGAAGAUGGUAGAAAGCCCGCAAAUAACAUUCGUAAGUUUUGUUUUCAGUUUAAGGUUGGCCAAACAUACAUCUGGUUUCAAAAACCUCUUUUGACAAGUGUAAGCUGCAAAGAAAGUCCACUGUCGCCGGGCACUGGGCUGAGUAAGGUCUGGGGUUGAGGCUUAACUGUUAGUGUUUUAUUAUUAUUCACCAGGGCUUCCUUAAACAGCUGCGUGCUGGAAAUAAAAUCAGUGUCUCAUCAGCUGUACCUGGCAAGCACCAUAUUCAUGUCAACUCCCAGCAUGCAGUGCCAUCGAUUCAGGUCCCAGGCCCUGCACUCCGUCAGCCGUUGGCUGGAAUUGACGUUCAAGCAUUAAGUCAGGCACACAAUGCACUGAAACCUCCUCACGUGUCAGGGAACGACAAGUACAUGAGAUGGAACACAGUUGAACGUGAUAAGGUAUUUUAUUAACGUUUAUAGGUCGCGUUCUCGCUGUAAAAGACUGCCUAUAAGUAUUCAUAUUGUAGCUAAUAGAAAGAUUUAGUAAAGACAAGGUGACGACAGUGACGGCGGCGCACGCAGAUCUAAGGACCGGCGGACUGACCAAUGACAGAGCGGCAAAUUGUCCACGGGAAGUAGUGCUCAGUCCUUUCCACGCGCUUUCGCGUUCUUUUUUCGUUGCUUGCUUUUUACACACACUAUUUGCAGUUAGCCAUUACGACACUAGACUACGAGUAGUCCCCCAUUUUUCCUCAGGGAUAGUAAAGCGUGCGAAACGCGAGCGCGCGUGAAAAUCACCCCACGCGAGAAAAGGUGACACGCGGCGGGGAGAGAGAAAAACGACGCGCGUCGCCUCUUCUCGCGUGGGGUGAUUUCACGCUCGCUCGCGUUUCGCACGCUUUACUAUCCAUGAGGAAAAAUGGGGGACUACUCGUAGUCUAUUACGACACCUGACGGAGGAUCAUGAGGUUAUUCCUAUAAUAAGGUCUCUAAUGACAAUUCACCCGGCCCAGGAAAGGUUGGUCACACCACCAGGGUCUACGUCCCCUACUCUUUUUGAAGAGCGGUAUGGUUCUUUUUUGUCUCAUAAGAACCAAAUUAAUGAAAGUGCUGUGAUGUGGGACUUACAGUUUCUCGUCCUUAUCCGAGAAGAUUAGAGAGUCUAACCGUUUUGCAAAUUUCAUUACAAAGGCAGCACUUUCCUCUCAGUUAUUAAAAGACCUGAGUGUUGGUCCGGCUGGGUAUUAAACCCCCGACCCCCGCUCAGAAGACUGGCGCUCUCCCAGCUGAGCUAACCAGGCGGCGGUUUGCUCAGUAAUCUCCUUUGCUAAAUCUGCCUUUGUAGUGAGACGUUCUUUUAACUUUGUUGUAGAAUUUUAUUUUAUUUUAUUUUUUAGGGGACUGCAACUGUGGAUAGUCGCUAUAGUACUUGCCCUGUUAAUAAUUGGCGUGGAAUGUUUUAGAGUCUGCUUGAUGUUUUUCUUUGUCGUCCUUGGCGAUUCGAAGACCUUCUGAAACGCAGUUCCCAAUAAUAAUGAACCAAAUUUUCUGAGCAUUUAACUUCUUCAUUCUACAUAUUCAGUUGUAGAUUUUUAUCACCCUUUUAUUGUUUUUGAAUAGGAAAAUGCAGAUCUAAACGCUGUGUUGAAGCGUGAGCUUGCCGAAAAGUAUAGAAAUGCAGUUCCUGCUGACAUGUCCGAGUCAACAUUUGGUAAGUACUGUCAAGAAGGUUUUCACUGUGGUUUUCUCUGUGGAUUAUUAUUAUUUCAUGCAACUCGCCUUUAGAAUAAGCGCUUCAUAAUGGAUUCAGUGAAAAUCAACCAUUGCAAAAAAUAAAAUAAAAGUGUGUUGAUUGCCGUAGAAAAUAAUGGAGCUGUAAACAGUUGAAAAAGAUUUUUCCUAAGGAUUCUGGUGAUCGAAGCUAGCCCUUUAAAGACGAUGGUUAAGGAUUUUUUUUACUUUCUGUUGGUCGCUUAAGCGUAAUCUAGAACCAAGUUAGAAAUAUGGAACCUGAACUGAAAAUAUUUUUGUCUGUGUUACAGAACAGUCAUGGAAUACAACGACAGGAAGAUGAAUAGUGCACUAAAAUCAAGAAAUCGACGCUGGCUUGUGAUAAUUUAGGAUGUUUUAUUCAGACCCUAUGUAAUAUAUGUUUAUCUGCUAAGUGCCAUACUGGUUCUCCCAAACUUCAGUAUACCUGCCUUUAAUAAAAAUAAAAAUACGAGAACUCGUAUACGAGGAUUUUGGACUGGC